UUCUCGUUGCACGCGGCAGGAAAUGCGAUAGCGCGCACCUGUCAACGCGAGGCUCAAUCUUCAGGCAGACAGGACAAUCGAGCCCAAACUUAACCCAAACAAUCGUGUCUAUUCACUCCACGCAUGUCUUCCUUGCUUCGCCAAGAUCCAUUCCGGCUUCUGCCAACUGAGCGAAACUCAACACGGGGAACGCAGUCAUCAGAACGGAGAAAAACUGACAAUGGGACAUCCUCGAUUCCCGCAGACGAAUUUGAUGAUGAUGCUGAGAUGAACACGCCUCAUGCUAUACGAGAGGCCAGCAGACCAUAUUGCUCAAAUGUAUUGCUGUCGAAAAGCAGCUCUUCCGUUUUUGUCAGGCGCUCCGAGGCUGCCGACUUUCUUGAAACGCCUAUAAAGGAAAGAAACUCCAGAAAUGACAUUGUUGCAGAUGGAAUCGACGGAAACGAACCUAGGUUACUGCAUGCUGGCAUGGAUCCCGUAGGUUAUCCAGAACUGCCACCGAAGGAAGUAUUGGUGGAUGAAAACAACAAUUUGACAACACACCCCACCUCUCUAUCACCGCCCCAAAAACACCUCUCGGGGUUUGAACGCGAUCUGAAUCGUAUGGAGUUUGACCCAUCAGACUAUGAGCUGCCAGAGAAAAGCAUGCAUGCGUUAAGCAGCAACCGAGGAAUGCAGAAAACCGUUCUGCCCCGUCCAUAUGCCCUUGACGAGUCUGUCAGAAAGAGACCACAAAUUUCCUCGGUCCCCUCUUAUAAUCUUCCAAACCCACCUCAUAAUGCAGACCGUACGCCGCGAAGACUGUCUCCACUUAAAAACGUUCUUAUUCCAUCUUCAGGUAGCAGGUCAUCGCCCUCUACCAUGCUAGAAGAGAUCCGGAACAGUGGUGCAUUGCAGCCUCGCACCGCUAGAGAGAUCCAGGAUCAGAUCAACUCUAGUCUCCGUCAGUUGGAGCAGUCAGAUCUGACCUCUGAAAGUCAAGAUAGUUCAAGCUUGUCAGAGAGCGAGGACGAUUCGGAUGAGGACGAUUCGGACGAGGACGACUUCUUGGAUCAUUUGGGCCAGUACAUUCCCUCCGUCGAAAAGCGCAAACCGACUGAACAUGCGCCUAGUGUAUCUGAAGACCAGAGCACGAAGACAGUGGAACAAAAUCUGCCGCCGGCCGACAGUUUGACAGCACAUUUACUACCGAAAAAUGAUGCGUUGCACCGAGUCAAGAGAAGCCGGACUCGAAGAACAGGCAAAUUGUCCGGAAAAUAUGCCCGCAAAAAAAUCAAGGAUACAAGACAAAAAGUGUCCAAAAAGAAAUACGGAGACUGGCUGGCAGACCAAUGGGAUAAACUACGAAGGCUUUUAGAUCUGUCGGUGCCCAACAGUGUGGUGGCAAACAGCUACAUUGUGAUGAGAGAAUUAAACUGUACUAAUAAGCAGGAGCUUGCAUUAAGAGUGAAGUUUCUUGAAAACCAAGGAAAGGCAAGGGCGCAAAAGUGACGAGACCAUAUGCGACUUUCCCAAUUUGUGUACUAUAAAAAAUGGCUCAGAGCCCAUUUAUUCAGUAGUUGAAAUCCACAGCUAGCCCCCAGUGUGACGAGUGGUAGUAGUAG